UAAAGAGCUGAUAGUAGAUCACCGACCCUUUCCAUCGUUCAUUUGAAGCUCACGAUGUCUCAUCCACAGCCUGCUCUUGAUGUCUUCUUCUACUUCCAGAAACAAGAGCUCAAGCUCAGCUUCAAUUCGCCCAACCAAGCAGCAUCCUACCAAAACCGCAAUCGAGAAUCCCGCAUCUUCGCCAACGAGCCCAGCGCCGUUUACCUCCCGCUAGCGCCGUCCAUGGUCUACCUGCGCGACAGUAGCAAAGGGCUUGUCAUUGGCUUCGCCAAAUCAGAGGAUGCCGAUCUGUGGUGUCGGACAUCUAUUCUGGGCCAGAAACACGGGCAUUAUGAAGUGCACAUCGGCCGUGGAUGGACAGACGAGCAACUGAACCAGGCCCUCCAGGUCCAACAUCAGCCCUACGUCCCGAAAAGCAACAGCCGACCUCAGAGUAUACAAUCCAAUAUAGAGCCCACUCCGCCGUCGAGCUCAGGGUCGGACUCAAACUUGAAAGCCUCAUCCAGUACUCAAGGGCUCCCGCUUUCCCAGGACGAAUCUCCGUCCUCCUGCCAGUCUUCUAGAGCCUCGUAUAUACCGUCUGCACUUGCUAUUGGCUCAAGGAAGACUGCGCAAAGAUCACAAUCUCCUGGUCGUGCUUUACCGCCCUCAUUGCUGCCUCAAGGAACGGCUACGCCUCGGUAUUCGGCCCAGGACGGGUUUCAAGCAUCGAUCCCUUUUUAACCCACGCUUUGCUGGCCUAUCUCGCUAGUCAGCUGUACCUUUCAGCUUCUGUUCUCCGUCUGCAGGACCUUGUCCUGACAUCAUCCUACCACCAGGCAGAAAGGUUCAUCCUGCGCCAAGAGGGACUGGUUGAACAUCGGUUGUCUGGCCAUCAACAUGAAAUUAUUCUUUUUCUUCUCUACCAUCGCAUAACCCUCCUAUCCUUUUAUCAUUCUCUUGAUCGGGCAAUAUCCGUCAACCCGACAUUAGCAUAGCAUUCACAUGAGUGUGAUUCUUCGAACGUGCGACGUUUCUGACUCAAUUUCACUACCCAUAUGACCUAUACAAAUCCCUUCUCGG